GGAGGCAGCGGGGCUGGGGCUGGAGAGCCGGGGUGGAAAGAGCAUCCGGGAUUAACCACUUCGCUGCUGGAGGAGCGGAACAGCCUGGCGCGCUCAGCCCGGGAGCGGGGGCGCUGCGCUGCUCGCGGAGAUAAUCGAGGGGACAGAUAGAUCCCAGGCAGCCCCUGCCCCCGGAGCCUGCGGGUGCCUGGCGCCGGAGGCAGCAGCUGAGCUCCGGGAGCCUCAGACACCCCUGCCAGACCUGCGGCACAAAAGCCGUGAGGGGCUGAGCCUGUCCUGUCACCCUGCUGCCACCCUGAUGUCACCCGGCUCUGCGGGACCCCCACUGUCCUGCUGCAGGCCGAGCCAGGCUGGCAGCGGGGCUCGGGACAGAAACAGGAAAGACCUGGCAGACCUCCCCAAAGCCCAUCGAUGUCGCCGCGCCUGCUCAGGACGGUGGGCUGGGGCUCGGCGGCCGUGCUGGGACUGCUGACGGUAGUUGUCUUCGUCCUGGUCCUGAUCCCGGCAAAGGAUGCUGUCCUUCCUACCAGGAUCAAAUACGGUCUGGUGUUUGACGCUGGCUCCACACACACGUCCCUCUACAUCUACCAGUGGCCCGCGGACAAGGAGAACGACACUGGCAUUGUGUCCCAGGUGGAGGCCUGCUCUGUGUCCGGACCUGGCAUCUCCAGCUACGCAGAUGACCCCGUGGGGGCUGGUGCCAGCCUGAAGCCUUGCCUGGACAGGGCCAUGAAGAUCGUCCCAGCCGAGCAGCAGCGGGAGACCCCCACGUACCUGGGGGCCACGGCCGGCAUGCGGCUGCUGAGGGAGGAGAACAGCACCAAGGCUGAGCAGGUCUUGGCCGAGGUGUCCAAGGCCAUUGGGGAGUACCCUGUGGAUUUCCGCGGAGCUCGGAUCCUGACGGGGAGCGAGGAGGGCUCCUUUGGCUGGAUCACUGUCAACUACCUGCUGGAGGCACUGGUCAAGUUCUCGUUUGCAGAGAAAUGGGAACAUCCCCAGGACACCGAGGUUCUGGGAGCUCUGGACCUUGGCGGUGCCUCGACGCAGAUCACCUUCCAGCCCGGGGUGCCCGUGGAGGACAGGAACACGUCCGUGUUCUUCCAGCUCUACGGCACCAACUACUCCCUGUACAGCCACAGCUACCUGUGCUACGGGCAGAGCCAGGCCCUGAAGAUGCUGCUGGCAGCUCUGCACCAGGCCAGCUCGAGUGCCCAGAUCUCUCACCCCUGCUACCCCCAGGGGUACCAGGAGAACAUCACCGUGGCGGAGCUCUACGACAGCCCCUGUGUGCGUGCGCCAAGCUCAGCCAGCCCUGGCCUUGUCCUCAUGGUGACGGGGACAGGGGACCCAGCUGCGUGUGGCACGGCCGUCCAGAGACUCUUCAACUUCAGCUGUGGGGCGCAGGGGCCGUGCGGGUUCAAUGGGGUCUAUCAGCCCCCCGUGCGGGGACGCUUCUUCGCCUUCUCAGGGUUUUAUCACAGCCUUCACUUUCUGAACCUGACAGGAGGGCAGUCCCUGAGCUUGGUCAAUGCCACCAUCAGGAAGAUAUGCAACAGCAGCUGGAAACAGGUGCAGGAGUUGUUCCCCACAGCAAGCAGGACCCAGAUCCGUGACGCCUGCACAGCCAGCUCCUACAUCCUCACCCUCCUCCUGCAAGGCUACAAAUUCAACAUCACAACAUGGCCCAACAUCCACUUCAUCCGGCAGGUUGCUACCAUAGAUGUGGGCUGGACUCUGGGUUACAUGCUCAAUCUCACCAACAUGAUCCCCUCAGAGCCUCCCACAGCAGUCACAGAGAUCCCGAGAAGCAUCUGGAUAGCAGCCACAGUUCUGCUGGCCAUCAUGCUCGUCCUCACCUUCUGCCUGCUCACAGCCACAUGCUGCCAGAGAAACUCCUCGGGCUACGAGCAGCUGUAGCAGCACUGCCUCCAGAGGCUGCCAGGCCACAAAUCCUGCUGCCACACUCUGCCAGGAGCUGCUUCCCGAAAAUCACCCCUGUGUGCCCAGAGGCCAUGAACUUGUCCUGAGGGGCCGAGUCCUGGCCUGGUGAGCUGGAACUGGCACAGCUGUAAAACACCCUCCUCAUAGCUGUGUGCUCUUUGGUUCUCCUUUCCCUGUGCUGCUGGUUGGAGAUGCUCCAGGAGGGAUGGCUUGGCCACGCAGGGCAGGGGCUCAGCACUGGGGCCUGGGGACCACCCUGCUGUGGGGUGACUGGAGAAGGGAGCUGGGGGGGUCUGGCAGCAGUGGAACUGUCACAGGACUGGUUACAGCCCACAGCAGAAACCCUGGGUGGGACACAGGUGGGACACACACAUCUUGCCCCAUCCCAGGGCCAAGGUCUGCAUCUCCCAUGGCCAGUGCCAGCCCUGGGGCCAUGGCUUUGGGGAUGUUUGGGACACUGGCCUGGUAGACAGGGCUCUGCCUUGGACUGAGAAGCCCUGUGAGGGGGGGGUGGCACAGCUCCCUCCUCUCCUGCCUGAGGUUCCUCUCCAGUGCACCUGUACCCCACCUGUCUGCCCCAUGCCUGGCAGACAGCUCAUCCUUGCCAACACAGGGUGACUUGGGAACGCUGCUGGGACAUGGCAGAGGCAGAGGGGCUCCCAGGGCCCCCCAUACAUUUUUGGGGAGUCUCACUGGCAGCCACGUGAUGGGUGAGUUGAAACACCUCCUCAGAGAAGGAAAAGGCCUGUCCUUGUGCCCUGUUGGCUCCACUGCAAGGUCCAGCAGACACCUCAGUGUCUGCAGGGACACCUCCCAUAGAUUCAUUGUUUCCCCUGAGUCUCGUUCAUCACCAGCCCUUACUUGGGAGACAGAAGUAAUAAAAUCACAAUGAUUUGGGAGCAAAGUA